ACUUACUAAGAGUACACGUAUUUCGUGCACAGACUAAUUCCUCCUGCUCUCUUCUUCAACCUACUACUACUAGUACUACUACUAGUACUACUACUAGUACUACUACUACUACUACUACUACUAGUACUACUAGUACUACUACUAGUACUACUACUAGUACUACUACUAGUACUGGAAAAUGACGACAUCAUUGACUUGUUAUUUGACUGUCUAGACUCUGCAAGUGAGGGGAGGUGUGAGGCAAUACCACAAUCACAAGUAGUUAGUGAAUAAACUCACUCUGCAUUAUUGUAAACACAUAAUCAUACCAAAAUAGAGAGCAUCUUCUUACCAUUUGACAGGAUGAUUCACUGAUCAAAUUCCAAUAUCAGAUUGGGGUUAGGGAUACCAGAAUUUCCACGAGUUUUUACAGGUGCUUCAAAGAUCGCAGAAACUUGGUUUCGAUUGACAGCUUCAACGACAGAUUUCAUAACGUCUCUUGUGUUUCAUACUUGUACGUAUUGUUUGAAUGGGGAUAUUGGCGACCGGGCUAUAUUCCUCAUCGUACUGGCACCGGUAUGCAAUCGAAUCGUAAAUAUGGAAUGUAGAUUGUUAAUUUUUUUGAAGAAUUMCUAGCAGCACUAUUCUGUAGUAUUCUAAUUCCCAUUUAACGAGUUGAGAUGAUUCAAUCCAACCAACAAUUAACAAUUAACAACCAGCAUGCAAAAUUGAUCUUCCUGAAAAGAGAACCAAAAUCAACCAGAUUUUUUCUGUGUACGGUAGUCACCUAGGAUUAUAAUUAUUUACGAGUCAUUCACAAUUCACAAGCAAGUCACGUACCGUAGGUACCGUUACUGUGUAAGCUACCAACCAAUACCGUAUCGUACGAAGGAUAUAAUAACUCUUCUUUCUUGUACCGGAUUAACCAGUACAAAUGUGUACGAAAAAGGAAGCUGUGAUUCGAAAUGGAAGACGUCAAAUGCAUGUAUGCUCUCUAGUUAUCUAGUUAUGAUGUAGUUACGUGCAUUUACGUUUGUCUCGCAAAAAGAAACACAAAAACGAAAAGAAUCACAAAAACGAAAAGAAUCACAACCGCCAACACAAACGAAUGCGAUUGAUUAUCAGAGAGAAACACCAACCUCGUGGAGGUGCCUUCGCAAAAAGGAGCAYAAUGGAAAACACUGAGAUGAGAACAUCGGAAAUCCAGCCUCUCCCACUGCGCGUGGUCUUCAGGACUCUCAUCUUUUCCUUCAUUUUGUACAUCCUCGUGCACGAGACAAUCUUUACUCUGGAAAUCUCCGAGAUACUGGCGAAUAAUCGAGUUGCUCAUGAACCGCAAGAUGUCGGCUGUAAAGGUCGAGGUAGCAAUCAAGGCGUCGACACUGACAGCAUCAAGGAAGGCGAUUCCUCGGUCCAUCUGGUGCCUGGUUCCAAAUCUAUCGCCAAGGAAGUUCUUCGAAGCCAACAAAUCACACCUGAGAUCAUUUAUGGAAAGAAGCUCGACACUGACAUCAUCAAGGAAGGUGAUUCUUCGGCCCAUCUGAUGCCUAGCACCGAAACUACUGCCAAGGAAGUUCUUCAAAGCCAACAAAUCACACCUGAGAUAANCAUCAAGGAAGGUGAUUCUUCGGCCCAUCUGAUGCCUAGCACCGAAACUACUGCCAAGGAAGUUCUUCAAAGCCAACAAAUCACACCUGAGAUAAUUUAUGGAAAGAAGCUCGACACUGACAGCAUCAAGGAAGGUGAUUCUUCGGCCCAUCUGAUGCCUAGCACCGAAACUACUGCCAAGACAGUUGUUCAAAGCCAACAAAUCACACCUGAGACCAUUGAUGAAAAGAAAGGUGAAAAUCUCGACGAGAAGGAAGGCAGCAGGGGGAAUGGUCCGUCAAGACCCAAGGCAGAAAAAGCAUCCGGAGUUGCAUCGCCGUCGAAAGAAAUCAAAAGCCACGGAUCAAGUGCCUUUUGUUUGCUCCUAAAGGAUGACAACGAUAUUCUAUCGGAAUGGGUCGCCUACCACUAUCACGUCUUUAGAAUGCGUCGCUUGAUUGUUGCACUUGAUCCGGACAGCAAAACCUCUCCGUAUGAAGUCUUGAAGCCCUUUGCCCACCAGAGCUCAUACAAGGGACAGUUCCACCUYGACUUCACAAUCUGGAAUGAUGAGGAUUACACCCCAGAUUUCUUCCACGGAGAAGGAAAGGACUACUCGAAAAUCCCCAUCUCAAAUGUUAGGGAGAUCAACUUUACUGAUUUCAAGUUUGAUAAAAGAGAUCACAUCACGUCUGCCUUUUUUAAUAAUGUUACAAUCUCAAGCACUUUUUUGCACAAGAAUGAAACYUAUAACAUGGAUCAUCAAGAUGAGGUCAAAAGUGCUUACCUAAAAGUCAAUAACCACCGGUUCCGCCAAAGGAAUUUCGUAAGCGAAUGUUAUCGCCAGAUUAAGAAGGAACGUGAUAUUCGAGAAACGAGGAUGCGCAAGGGUCAGCAAGUAGAUGUUAACACUGGUAUUGUUUCGUGGACCAUUCAYASCGACUCGGACGAAUUUUUGGUGCCCAAUCCAUGGAUUUCGUCUUACAUCGCGAGCAGCAACGGAACUAGCGAACAGGAACAAGUGGACCACCGAUACUACUCACAGUUUGUCAAUUUUACGGGUUACUCACCGAAAGAGUUGGAAACGAUGUAUCCCAAGCAACCAUCGCGAAAUUCCCUUUGGGACUUUUUCCAGGACUAUCGUAAAAAAGAAGGCUCUAAUCUUGGGGAGUGUCUCUUUAUACCCCGCUUAACGUAUGGAUCGAAAGAGGAAGGUAAUAGUGCCUACACCAAAGCAUAUUUCGACAAGUAUGAUGGAAGCACGAUGAUGGCUUCCUGGAAUCAUAGCAAGCUAGAGUCUCUCCGAUGGAAAUACCACGAAGAAUUCAGUACCGUGAACUUUCCAAAAACGGCCGUGCGCGCCGGCRUGCUGAAUCUCGGGCUCAACGCGAUCUUUCACGGACCCAAACUUGUCCCAAGCAUCCAUAGAACCCUGGCCUCUUGCCCGAGGAAUUUUGAAAAAAUAAACCUCUACCCGACAAAAAAAGUCGCUCAUGUACCGCUGGUAGCCGUCCACUAUCUUGGCUCCCUAGAGCGCUACCUAGCACGAGCAGAUAUCCGGCGGAGUGCAAGUCUGCAUCAACAGUACAACAYCWAUUCGAAUUUUGCCUUUGGGGAUGAGAACCACGAAGUCGAAAAGAACAAACAGGGCUAUGGUCCUUGGUGGAUCCAGGGUUGGCUGGACUCAUUUGUUGAAACCCACGGGGCCGAGGCUGUACUUUCAAUUUUGGGUGAGCCGUUUGCAUCCGUGAGUGCGUCACAAUGAUACUAUAGUAGAAUAGUUUUGAUUUAGCACCAUACGUAGUUUUGGCUUGCUCUURUUUUCCUGUAGGUCUCGUAGCAAGUGUUCUGAAAAGAUUACAGUAUGAAAGUGAUUCUAUUGAUGGGAGGACGAAUAAUUUUAAGUCCGACUC